AUGGAACCAAAUGCUAAGUUGAGUGUUGAUGCAGGUGAAGAGUUUGGUGAUCCUGGAAGGUACAAGAGGUUGGUGGGAAAAUUGAACUAUUUGACUAGCACACGACCUGAUAUUUCAUUUACUGUAAUACCAUCAGACUCAAGGUACCCAGAUGUUGAGAUAAGGUAUAGUGAAGUUGUAGUAUGCUCAGAGAUAACAUAUUCUUCACUAGAAAAACAUGGGUGGUGCAAGAUAACAAAGAAUCCAGAUGAAUAUUCGGCAACGAUACAGAAUAUGAGGUACGAUUAUCUAGCAACCCUCAGGUGGAAUUUGCCAACGGAGAAAACUCCACAACACCUGACAAGCCCAAUCCAAGAUAUUUCAGAGGAUCUAGAGAAGAUUUGGAGGAUUCUAGCGUCUGAGAAGAAUUUCAAGGCAUUGAGAACAGAGAAGAAGAGGUUAAGCAACCCUUCAACAUUGAAAGUGACUCCACAAAGCCUUUCAAAUGCAAUACUUGUCGAUGAAACAAUGCUUCAUAAAGAUGACACUUUGGUCAUUAAAUGUGGAAGUGAAAUUACUUCAGGACCAGACAGGGAAGGUUACUUGAAUUAUAGGUUCAAAGUACUGCUGACUCAGGAACAGUGCAAGAAAAAAUUGAAGAUAUCUUUGGAUGUUGAACAUAUAAAAUGCAGCAUUUGCUUAAACAUAUGGCACAAUGUUGUAACUGUUGCCCCUUGCCUCCACAACUUCUGCAAUGGAUGCUUCUCAGAGUGGUUAAGAAGGUCCCAACAAAAGCAGUCAGAUGUUCUUUGUCCUCAAUGCCGAGCAGUAGUUCAUUGUGUUGGAAGAAACCAUUUCUUGCAUAAUGUUGAAGAGGAGAUACUUCAAAAUGAUUUGUCAUUACAACGCACCGGUGAAGAAGUUGAAAAUUUGGAUUCAUCUGCAUCAAUUAAGUCAAAUCUUGUUAUAAAGACUGGAAAAACUCUUCGACGGAAAAGAAACUAUUCAUCAUGGAAUGAGGAAACUAAUGUCCUAGAGUUUUCAUGCCUUCAAUGUGGCACUGCAUUAGGUGGGUUUCGAUGCAGCCAGACCACUGCUCAUCUCUAAUGCUAUGCAUGUGGAGGAAUGAUGCCAUCCAGAAAUGAUAUUAAUAUACCACAACACUGUUUAGGAUGUGAUAGAGCCUUUUGUGGGGCUUAUUGGCAGGCCCAAGGGGUUGUUCAAAGUGAUCUUUAUGCAGUUUGUAUUCCUGGGAACUUCAAACCCAUUGCAGAACGUGCCAUCUCCAGAAUUCCAUUUUCUGCACAUCAAAAUAAUCAAUAUGAGCAAGAUAUCACAGAAAGAUGCAUCAGACAGAUGGGAAAAACAUUACAGGAUGUUAUAUCAGAUUGGAUCACAAAGCUGAACAACAGAGAAAUUGACAGAACAAGGAUGCCACUGAAUCAUGCUGAGAUGAUAACUGAUGCCACACACCUUUGCAAUGACUGUUAUGACAAAUUGGUAUCAUAUCUGCUAUAUUGGUUUCGUGUCACAUUGCCUAGUUGUCUUUUACCACCUGAUGCAUCUACGAGGGAAGAUUGCUGGUAUGGUUUUGCAUGUCGUACACAGCAUCACAAUGAAGAACAUGCUCGUAAAAGAAAUCAUGUUUGUCGUCCAACCAGGGGCAACAAUGUCUAGUCAUGAAA